CUCUCUCCUCUCUCUGGAAUCAAAGAAAUAAAAAUGAGAAGAGCGUUGGCGCCUCCCCUCUUCCUCCGAUCCCCCUUCUCCAAACCAUUCCCUUUUUACCUCUCCACUGCUUCCUGUCCUCCCCCUCAGAACCCUUCGGCUUCCCUCACCGAGAAGGAGCUCGCCGAGGUCCACCGGCUCGUACCCCGCCUCUGCGACGCCGGCCGCCACGCCGACGCCGUCCGCCUCCUCGACGCCUGCCUCCUCGCAAGCCCUCCCCUCGCCGCCCUCCCCAUCCCCGCCCUCGUCGACCGCCUCGCCUCCCACCCCGACCUCACCCCCACCAUGGCCCUCCUCACCGCCCUCAAGCAUCACCCCCGACGCCCCUCCCCCCUCCCCUUCUGCUCCCCUCUCCUCUCCGUCUUCUUCGAGAAGCGCCGCCCGAAGGAAGCCGCCAAGGUCUUUUCUUGGCUCUGCCGGCCCGACUCCCCCUGCCGGCCGGAUCCCGAGGUCUACCGGAUUACGAUCAGAGGGUUUUGUCGGCUCGGGAGGAUGGCGGAGGCUCUGCGGGCGGUGAAGGAGAUGGUGGGGGAUGGGGUCUCUCCGGGGGCCGAUUUGAGGGAGGCGGUGUAUCGGGGAAUGCUGCGGGAGGCCCGGAUCGACGAGGCCCGGAAGCUGGAUGCUGCUUUGAAGUGCAUUGAGGAGGAGGGAAAUGGGUUUGGUGGCGCCGUGGAGGUGCUCGAUCGGUUGCUUAGGGAGUGGGAAGAAUGAUGCAACGUACGCCCCUGAUCUUUUUUCUUGCAUAUCACUACUGCUCGUGAUGCAACGUACGAUACAAUGGAAAUUGAGACCUUCUUGGAGGCACUCGCUGAAACUAGGGAACAACUGAACCAGCUGCUCUCCUUGCUUACCUUGGUUUCAUUUGACAGAGUGGAAGGCAGGGUGGCGUGGAAAGUGGCUAAGAGUAGCCGCGCUUCACUUGCUCCUCCAUGUAUAGUUUUCUUAACACUAGAGGAAUCAAAUGCAGGUUGCCAAUCUUUUGUGGGGACUCUGCAUCUCGCUGAAAGUCAAGUGAUACCUGGGAUAUAUAGUCUCGGAAGUUGAACAAAAAUGUUGAUCACUUGUUCUAAGAGUGCAGAUUCUUUGGCACCAUUUGGAAGACAGCCUGUUCUAUGAUGGGAGUUCUAAAUUUACAUGCAUGUUUUGAGGGAUUGUGUUUGGAUUGGACAAAAAGGGACUUCAUGAAGAGCACAGGACCUGUGAUCCUUAUGCUAAUAGGAGUGUUAACGUGGUCCCGUUGGAAGCAGAGGGAUGUAAGAAUAUUUCUCAACAAACGAGCCUCCAUCUCUUCCGGAAGAAAUUCAGCUCUUCAAUCAAUGUUCUAUCCUCUGUCAUGCAAAUAUGAUGGUUGAGCAUGGAAAAAUUUGGUGACAUAUGAAGGCGUUCCUGGAAGCUCUGAAUGGAAUAUGACCGCAUCAAAAAGAGCACCCAUCAUGGUUCUGCAACCCAAGGUCUUACGUCCUUUUGAGAAGUGUCAAACAAGUUCUGAAGCUCACCUCUGUCCUCUGUUUUUUGAUUGUUACUGCAUGAUCCUGUGGAUGAAACCCAUCUCUAUAUUUUAUUCCCGUUUUCCCUAUUGUCCGGGCGGUGAGAUCCCUCCUUAAUCUCUCCCCAUGCCAACUCUUGUAAAUAUCUUACUCCUGAAUA